AUGCUCUAUUACAGUGGCCAUACUCGACGCAUAGGCGAUGUCGACGAAGGCUCCACCGUCACCGACUUUCUUCCUGCAGAGCGAGCUCGAGGAAUUACCAUUCAGUCCGCCGCAAUCACAUUUGAAUGGCCCCCUUCACUCGUGGGGGAGCCUUCCAAGCAGGCGGAGCCCACUCAUGCCAGUCUCACUACUCAGCCUCGUUCUCGCCUCUCGCACAACAUAAAUUUAAUUGACACUCCCGGGCAUGCCGAUUUCACCUUUGAAGUCCGACGCUCCUUGAGGAUUUUGGACGGCGCCGUUUGCAUCCUCGACGGUGUGGCUGGAGUCGAAGCACAGACCGAGCAGGUAUGGAGUCAGGCUGGUGAGUGGAAAAUUCCCCGGAUAGCCUAUGUCAACAAACUUGAUCGCGAUGGCGCUGCAUUCGGACGCACCGUCCGUGAAAUUGGCUCUCGGUUGGGUGGCUGGCCGGCCGUCUGUAAGAUCCCAUGGUUUGAGGGUGGGAAAGGCCGCUUCAUGGGUGUUGGAGAUGUCAUCAACCUGGAAGGACUGAUGUACGAACACGGUGGCGAUGGGAAAGAGAUUCAACGGUAUCCUCUUUCCCGCCUGGAGCAAGAGCACCCGUAUCUCGCACAAGAACUGCGUCGAGCGAGAGCGGCGCUCGUUGAGCUCCUCGGUGAGCACGACGAUGAACUUGUGGAAGCUUUCUUCGAGGCAGAAGAGGAUCAUCUCAACAUCACGCCCGCCCAAAUCCUGGACAGUCUCCGGCGUUGUCUGCUGGCGGACAACAGCAUGAUCAUUCCUGUUUUUGCUGGCGCAAGUUUCCGGAAUAUUGGGGUCCAGCCACUCUUGGAUGCUGUCAACAAUUUGUUACCGAGUCCAGACGAAAGACCGGAUCCAGAGAUUAGUGUGGGAUCUAACUCAGGAGGACUAUCGCAGUUGAUCCGAGGCGAAUUCAACCUCAGCACGGUCGUAAACACAAAGAAGAAAGGGUCAGUGCCGGCGAUCCUGGCCGUUGGAAAUACUCUGCAAGGCUGUGCUCUGGCGUUCAAAGUGGUCAACGAUCCGCGCAAAGGUGUCCUCGUCUAUAUUCGAGUCUAUUCGGGGUCGAUAGACCGUAAUGCUCUCUUAUAUAACACCAACCUGCAGAACUCUGAGCGGGCAACGACUCUACUACGGAUGUACGCGUCGGAAUCCGUCCCCAUACAAUCACUCCAUGCCGGCGAAAUUGGAGUUAUUGCAGGCUCCAAAUUCGCUCGAACAGGGGAUACGUUGAUAUCAUACACCGGUAGCAAGGCCACGCCCCCGGAGCCAUUGAACAAAUUACAGCUGAGGCCCAUUCGAGUGCCUCCUCCAGUCUUCUUCGCUUCCAUUGAACCAAACAGUUUGAGAGAAGAGAAGGACAUGCACGAAAAGCUUGGUAUACUCCUGCGAGAGGAUCCCAGCCUACAAGUUUCCCUGGAUGAAGAUACUGGCCAGACCCAGAUCAGCGGGAUGGGAGAGCUGCAUCUCGAAAUUGCUCAGGAUCGGCUCGUCAAUGAUCUGAAAGCUAAAGCACGAAUGGGCCGGAUAGCCAUCGGAUAUCGCGAAAGCCUACCCCAAGCAUCAAAUCCAAUGACGAAGAUGCUUGAUGGAGAUCGCCCGGCCACAAAAGGGAAAGGAGGUUGCACAGUAGUUGCGGAGCCUCUGCAAGACGAUAUCGAUAUCUCUGCCAGUGAGGUUGGUGAUGUUUUCCGCUACGAACAAGAUGGCAAUCUGGUCAUUGUGGAAGCACCCACUUUGGACAAGCGAGGACGACCACUGGACGCCGACCAAGUGUCCUUGCCCGCACAUCUAACAUUAACAGAAAUCCAAUCGGCCUACCUCAACGGUGCCCUGGCCGCCCUGAGCCGUGGCCCAUCAUAUUCAUAUCCGAUGCGAGACACCAAAGUCACCUUGACGCUGCGACCAGAAGAACACAUCUUUGGCUCCGAGACAACGUAUGCAUCACUCACUGCAGCGGCACGACUCGCUACGAUCGCAGCAUUCAAAGAUGCGACAAAGGAUACCCCAUGCUCUCUGAUGGAGCCCGUGAUGAAUGUCGACAUCAACGUGGACGAAGCGAGUUUAGGCAGCGUCAUUCAAGACAUCUCCUCGAGCCGCGGCGGCCAUAUUGUGUCUUUGGGCGACCAUGGAGAAGAGCAAGCCGAUGUCGAGAACGGUGCCAAAAGAAUCGAUGUCCGAAAGAUCUAUGCACCCAAGGAUCCAUUCGAAUCUACAGUAUCACUGUCGGGAGAAGAACAUCAGCAAUUGAACUUCCAGAGGACCGUUAAGGCCAAGGUCCCGUUGAAAGAGAUGGUGGGCUAUCUUAAACAUCUACGGAGCAUGACGGGAGGGAGAGGCACUUUUGUGAUGAGUGUAGAUCGAUUCGAGAAGGUCACGGGCCAGCGAGAAAAAGCCCUCGUUGCAGAAUUGCGCGGCGAUCUGAUUUGA